AUGAACAGCACGACCACAGCGCAGUUUGAGGCCGCCUGGAGUGAGGUGGAGCGACAGCAAGGGGAGAAGCUGAGCGCCAGCACAGAACGCCUCAAUGUGGGGGUGGAGCGAGAGCUGGCGUUGCUGUUGGCUGGUGUCCGCGACGCACUGACAGAGGACCAGCGGGAUAUUCAGUCCGAGUUCGACAAACUCAUCCGCAUGGUGGAGCAGUUUCAACAGGGCGUCGAUAUGUGGCAGCUGAAGGCGAAGAGCUCUAUUAAGAUGAUCGAGGAGAAGCAGCGCAACUUCGCCCUGCUAGUCGAGGAGACGUCCAUACGCGCAGCGGCAAACCGCAGAGACUCCAUGGAUCGGCUUCAGAAGCGCGCCGUCGAGACGGAGGCGCACUGCCAGCAGCUCCUAGCCUCAGCCAGCAAGAGCAUGUAA